GCGGCGGGCCGGCGCGGCAUGGCGGAGCCGGAGCCGGAGGCCGAGCAGAUCCGGCUGAAAUGUGUCCGCAGGGAAGGCUUCUUCACGGUGCCUGCGGAGCACAGGCUGGGACGAUGCCGGAGCGUGAAGGAGUUUGAGAAGCUGAACCGCAUUGGGGAAGGAACCUAUGGCAUCGUGUAUCGGGCCCGAGACACCCAGACAGAUGAGAUUGUCGCCCUCAAGAAGGUACGGAUGGACAAGGAGAAAGAUGGCAUCCCCAUCAGCAGCCUGCGGGAGAUCACGCUGCUGCUCCGCGCCCGCCAUCCCAACAUCGUGGAGCUGAAGGAGGUGGUGGUGGGGAACCACCUGGAGAGCAUCUUUCUGGUGAUGGGGUACUGUGAGCAGGACCUGGCCAGCCUCCUGGAGAACAUGCCCACGCCCUUCUCUGAGGCCCAGGUCAAGUGCAUCGUGCUGCAGGUGCUCCGGGGCCUCCAGUACCUGCACAGGAACUUCAUCAUUCACAGGGACCUGAAGGUCUCCAACUUGCUCAUGACUGAUAAGGGCUGUGUGAAGACAGCGGACUUUGGCCUUGCCCGGGCCUAUGGUGUUCCGGUAAAGCCGAUGACCCCCAAGGUGGUCACGCUCUGGUACCGCGCCCCGGAACUGCUGCUGGGAACCACCACCCAGACCACGAGCAUUGACAUGUGGGCCGUGGGGUGCGUCCUGGCUGAGCUGCUGGCUCACAAGCCCCUUCUCCCUGGCACGUCUGAGAUCCACCAGAUUGACCUGAUCGUGCAGCUGCUGGGGACACCCAAUGAGAACAUCUGGCCGGGCUUCUCCAAGCUGCCGCUGGUUGGCCAGUACAGCCUGAGGAAGCAGCCGUACAACAACCUGAAGCACAAGUUCCCGUGGCUCUCGGAGGCUGGACUGCGCUUGCUGAACUUCCUGUUCAUGUACGACCCCAGGAAAAGGGCGACAGCCGGGGACUGUCUGGAGAGCUCCUACUUCAAGGAGAAGCCUCUGCCCUGCGAGCCUGAGCUCAUGCCCACCUUCCCCCACCACCGGAACAAGCGGGCGGCCACGGCCACGGCCGAGGGCCAGAGCAAGCGCUGCAAGCCCUGACGCGAGCCCAGCACACGCCCGCGCCCCCUCAGCCUGCUGGCCCGGCUGUCCUCGUGGCUGGGGCCGUUCCUGUCUGUCCUGUGUGACGCUGCCCCCAGGCAGGCAGGUCCGGAUGCAGGCUGAUGCUGGCGGUGGCAGUGCCCCCGGGGCCUGCAUAGGGCCUUUGCUGUUCUUCCUAUGGAAAAGCCAGCUGGGCCACCCCGGGGGCCUGGGCCCAGCAGGCCCAGGCAGAGAGGCUGCAGGACCCCAGGUGUGUCUGCCCAGACUCCAGGCGGGAAGGAGGGAACAGGUGUGGGUGGGGCCUGAGUGGACGCAGCUUCUGCUCGUGCAGAGAGGAGCAGUGUGCUGUCUGAAGAUGAAGAGAUAAAAGCUUUGACAAGUGUG